CUACGGCAGAGCGAUUCAGGGCGAGUAAAUAUUGUUAUUAUUGCAAGAUUAAUAAGUACAUACAUUACUUACUAUUUUUUGAUGCCUUUGAUGUUGGUAAAUUCAACCACUUAUAACUUGUUUUUUAUUUGACUCACGUUGCUCAACAUCCUCGAUAGUAUAGUGGUUAGUAUCCCCGCCUGUCACGCGGGAGACCGGGGUUCAAUUCCCCGUCGGGGAGAAUGUGAAAGCAUUUUCUUUUUAGUAUUUGAAUAUAAAAUACUUAAUAUUUGAAUAUAAAAUACUAUUGGUUAUGGAUCCCGUAAAAUUAAUCAAGGUUUCUGUUUUUAAUUAUUUUCAAGGUAUUUGUUGUUCCAUUAAGUAUAGGUUUUGCUUAUAACUUUAUUCUUAUUAACCGGUAAACCAAUAAGCCCUUUCAAGGCAGAUUAAUGUAAAUGCAUAUAAAACGAACUGUUAUGAAAUAAAAUUGAAAAUGCGUUUAAAAAAUAAAUGUUUUCACAUUCUCCCCGACGGGGAAUUGAACCCCGGUCUCCCGCGUGACAGGCGGGGAUACUAACCACUAUACUAUCGAGGACUAUGGACGUUUUUUUGCCGGAACAUUUUUUCAGCAAAGUAAUUUACAUUUAAAGAUUAGAAUAUUUUCCAUUUUAAGGAAGUAGAACUAGUUCGACUGGGCUGGUGGGGUUAUGACUUCAAGAAGUAUUUCAAAGGUUUAUACUAUAUUACUCACUUUUUAGUAUAUAUAUAUUAAAGCUUAAGGCCGCCCUCGUAACAUGAAAGACUUAAUGUGUCAGAAAUAUAUGUACGUUAUUCUAAUGGAUAUUUUUGCAUACAACUUACAACAAACUUUAGCUGCUCGUCUUAUAAAUAACUCUGUUACCUGCUUUUCGUUGCAGAAUCGGAGAGCCACAUAAUGCACGCCGAUGAAACAGAUGUUAAAAGAAAGUUGUUAUAUGAACCAUUUUAGGAUACAGAUGUCUGGCCCAACACAUAGCAUUCAUAUAUUAUUAUUAGUAGAAGGAGAUUAGCAUAAUGCAAUAUCUCAUCGUGUAGAGAUACUCAGUGAAUCUUGCUCAGUGGGAGAAAAUGCCCUAGGGGUCAAUCGUAGAACAGGUUGCGCCUGGCUCUAUUUUACUUUCAUGCCAACGAGCAUAAUCCCAUUUAGAUCGCGGGCUUGCCUUUCGGCAAUACAUUGCCAAAGUUUGAUUUUAGAUUAGGCGUCGAUGAAUAUUCAGCGAUUGGAAUCGCGAAAAGUGGCCAUGAAGUUAAGAGGAAGAUUGAAGCGGAGAGUGCUGACUUGACCCCAUUUAAUUCGAAAUAGAACCCGUGCCCGGUCAAGUGUCACUCGAAUAUGGCGAGAAAGUCUUCUUGGUGGGUAGAGAUCUCGGAUGGCCUACAGUUCGCUUCCAUCUACCCACAGCAGCGGAUCGAAAUAAUAUAAUGGCGCGGUUUAGUGGAGUUGUACUUCUCCUGGCAAUCGUCCUUCUUGCCGUUUUUGUUGCACAAGGCCUGGCAGAGAAGAACGCCAAUAGGCAGAAGCAGCAGAAGCCCAGACCGGGAAAUCAAAACCUUGGUAUCCAGAAAAAUAAGCGUCCAAAGCCCCAAAAAGUGCAGAAACAGAAGCCCAAUAAGCAACAGGGUCAGAAUGGUCAAGAGCCAAAGGUAUUUACCACAACGGUUCCUGAUUUGGGCAGGCUCCGUGGACGAACUCUGACCACCGAUUGGACAGGGCAGAAGAUAAUGCAGUUCCUGGACAUUCCCUACGGCAAAGCAGAGCGAUUCAGGCCAGCUGAGCCCGCACCUUCCUGGAAGGGCGUCCUUCCCGCCCAUCGACCCCACGCCGGCUGUCCAUCCAUUCAGGAUCUGAUCGUGUUCGCCAAGCUGGAGGAAGAUGGCUUCGAUGUGGAAGACUGCCUGCGUCUGACAGUGAACACCAAGGCGAUGGAGGGCAAGUCCUUGCCGGUGAUGGUGUACAUCCACGGCGAUUUCUUCUACGAUGGUGACUCUGUGGAGGCAGCUCCCGGGUAUUUGUUGGAGCAGGAUGUGGUCCUGGUGUCCGUGCGUUAUCGUCUGGGACCCUUCGGCUUUCUGUCCACGCUGACGGACGAGAUGCCUGGCAAUGCGGCGGUCACGGACAUCAUCCUGGCUCUCAAGUGGGUGCAGCAGCACAUCGCAUCCUUCGGCGGCGAUCCCCAGCGGGUGACGCUCUUCGGCCAAGUGGGCGGAGCAGCAUUGGUCAACGUGCUCACCCUGAGUCCUGCGGUUCCGGCCGGCCUCUUCCACCGCGUGAUCUAUCAGUCUGGCACGGCAUUGUCGCCCGCCUUCAUCACGGAUGCUCCGCUGGGCGCCACCAAGGCCAUUGGCCGGAUCGCGGGAUGCAAACAGUCCACUAAGGUGGAUCAGCUGAACAAGUGCCUAAACCGUCUUAACGCAACUAUGCUUCUGGCCGCCUUCAGCGUCCACGGCGAAAAUCAACCCUCCUUGUCCGGCGGAGCCUACGGCGGUGUACAGCUGGUGAUCGGCGGACCAUCUGGCAUUCUGCCGGAGCAUCCGGGUCGUCUGCUGGCCGCCGAGAAGUUCCAGGCCUAUCCCACAAUGGGCGGUAGCGUCAAGCACGGAGGCACCUUCAUGCUGAGAGACAUUUUUGCGGAUAUAUUUAAUGAAACCAUUUUGGACGACAAGAUGACCGGAAGGCAGUACAUCGACACCAUUAUCGAACAAGCUAAUGGAGCCGAUCCCAGUGGAUCGUGGAAGGAGUUCUCCGACGAGGAGAUAUUCACGCAGGAUGAUGUUAAGAAUGGCACCUUUAGGCGUCUGACCCCUGGGCUGAUCGAUCUUUGCAGCACUAUUUCCCUGAAGAAUCCUGUAUUAUUGGUCCUGCAGGCCAACGCAAAGAAGCUUCCCAACAGCACUUACCUGUACAGCUUCGACUAUGAGGGCGAGCAGAAUCGCUAUGCCACAGGUGAGGAUGAGGCCAACUUCGUGCCCUUCGACAUGGGUGUCUCACUGACCGACGACAACCUGUACCUGUUCCCGUGGCCACGAUUCCUGGCCUUGAACUCCAACCGCGACCUCAAGGUGGCUCGCCGCAUGGUGGCCCUUUGGACGUCCUUCGCCACAACGGGAGUUCCCCAAGCACCCGGACUGCCCACCUGGCCAGCGAUGAGCGACGAGACAGGACUCUACAUGAAGAUCGAUCGGACUGUCAGUUUCGGGGACAAUUACCUGGACGAGUACCGCAUCGCCGUGGAGGAGGCGAAGCACGGCUAUAACCUGGUCAACGACGACUACUACGAUCUGCAGGCAGCCCUUUUGGCGGCCAGCAAGCUGGAUACUCUGAACGAUGCCAACGAGGAGGAUGAACAGGAUCAGGACGAUGCUGAGGGACAGAGGGCUGCCAGUCAAGCUGGUGGCCAAAACUGGGUCUUCAUCGCCAGGAAGUCAACGCGCGUCCAAAAACAGUAGACUUUCCCAGCCUAUCAACGUAACUUGUCCCUUUAUUUAUUUAUAUCAUAAACAUCCUCAAUAAACAAACAUAUGUGAGACAAAAAA